AGCAAUGGAGUUUGCAGGCGUCAUUGUAGAGAAGUGGGUUAAAGUAUUGACCAAUGCUGAUCUGGACUCAGAUGAGAUGCGAUUGCCGCCUAAGUUUGUUAAGAAAUAUGUUAAUCGGCUUAAAACAAAUUCCCUGUUGAAAUUUCGUAAUGGUUACGAAAUAGCCACUGUCUUCAACCAUGAAACCGGAACAUUCAGUGGACUGUCUACUAUGUAUGAGGACUUUCUCUUUGAAGUGGGUCAGAUGCUAGUGUUUGAGUUUGAUGGUUCUUGUGAUUUCAAUGUUUAUGUCAUCGACACUGAUCUUACAGAGGUUGAGUACCCUCCAGUUCUUCAUCAUACACAGAGUGGGCAUCCUCGUGUUGUUUCUGUGAAAAGAGGUGGCUUGAAAUUUGUUUAUUUUGUCAAAGAGGAGUCGCCCCUUUAUGAUGAUUAG